GAAAUCUAGCCAAUUUAUUUUAAAUUACAAUGCCAGUUUGCCUUGCAGUCUUUGAAGAUAUAGUAGUGUGACACAGCCAAUUAUCUUCAGCUUGAAAAGAAGAGGCGCAGAAAUGUGCUGUAGGUGAAUCAACCUUGAAAUAUAACUUAAUUCAAGAAUCCACUCUAAUUCUAGAAACAACUCUUGAGAAUAUGAAAGAGUAGUGUGGAUGAUCCAUAAGGGAAAUGAAUCAUCCACUUGCUGUGAAAGUAUUAUAUGUUGAAGAAAUAUUUAGGAAUACCCUCAUAAGAUUCUUAUACAUUUUUUAAAGAGGAACAGAGGAGUCCCACUGCGGUUGACAUGAAAUGAACACGGAAACUAUUAAAUAAUGCAAAGCUGAAGAGUUGAACCAAAUUCCAAUAUAUCCCAUAUAUUCUCCUUAUGCUCUUUAUUACUGCACUGUUACUCCGAGUAAACAAUGUAAACACAGCAGCAGCAUCUUCUCAUAUGAUCUGCAAUUAAGCCAUAGCUACAGUGGCAGUAGCCUCAAAGUUUUGAUAGUAAAUAUAAUUAGGGUUGCUGUUAAUGAACAAAAAAUGCUGAGAAGGAAUACAAAUGCUAAUAUGCACAAGUGAAGUCAGUAAAUCAUGUUGCAAUCCUACACACCUGUGAGACAAAGUCCUACUGAGUUCAACAUACAAGAUUGCACUGUCAUACGUUAUUUUUCUAUACAAAAUAGGGUCAGAAACUUUUUUUCUGAUGGAAUAUAUUUUAUUCAUAGCCUUUAGAAGCAACCAUGUGAAGCAUAGAGAUUUCAACCACCUUCCAUGCUUUCUUUGCUUUAUUUCAGGAAAAUUAGAAUUAGUUUGGAGUUAAUCCAACAACCAAUGGGUUAUCUACUAACACAAAAAUAUCCUUGUAGACUAUGCAUUGGCUGUAACAGUUUCUAUGGAGACCAUCUUCAACCUAGAAAAGAGAGGAGGUAAUUAAGUCAUACUAUAAGACUGUACAAGUGCAGUCUUUACAUGGCCCACAGGGUAUUUUCAAAGUCAGGAAACAUGACAGUCUUACGGAUUUUGAUGCAAAAUUAACAAUGGGGAAAGUGAUUGCCUAACCCUGCCUGAGUACUCUUUGUACUCUUGGUCUGUCUCUUUUGUCACAGAAAACUAAUAACUAAGUGCCUAAUGUGACUAAGUGACUGAUGAUAGUUAAUCAGAUAAACAGUAUUUUAAUCAAUAUUUAGUCUGUUAAAUAAUCACAAGCUGCUAAGGUAGAAUGUGAUUACUCCAGUUUAAAAGCCAGGAACAUACUAAUAGGGAAACAAUGGACAAAAUACCAGGAUUAAUGAGUUUGCUAUAGAAACAGUGUAAUGCUGAACUGAGCAGCAUGCUAUGCCUCCAUCCAUUCCAUGCUGUCAGCAGAGUACAGCACAGGGACAGUGCUAUGUGAAUGUCCAGUAGGCAAUCUUUAAUGAAAAUAGCAGUGUGUUUGAGAAUUUGCAGAAUGCAAACCGUAUCACAAAAUCAAUCAUUUGCAUCUCCCAAAGGUGCAGCAAUCAUCAUAGCUGUCCUGCUUUCUGCUCUUUAGUGGGAGAUGACAGAAGACAAGGCCAAGAAUACAUAUUUACACAUCUAUAAUUAGCAGCUGCAUGGCUGCUAAUAAUACAAUGAAGAAGAGACUCACUUUCUGUCUUCUACUGUCCUGUUAUUUAAAAUAAUGGGGAACAGGAGCUCUGAGCAACAAUUGAGAAUAUAAUGUAGCCUACAUUUGGAUAAAAUGAUACACAAUUACUUUUUAUUGUAAGAAUGAGCACAGGUGAGCCUCAGGCUCGUGUUCUCCCACAGGCACAGUUGGCAAAAUCUAGCUUCGACUUAUAAUUUUGACUAAUCAUAGGUUAGAAAAUCCUGAAACAUGGUUGAUCUUAACUCUGGUUAAUUGAAUCAAGCCAGGUUCAUACCCCGUGGUUUAAAACUGGUCUGCUUCAACUAACUACAAUUUGCCAUGGUUUAGACAUAUUGCUAAGCUGUGAUUAACCAAAAUCAGAAGUGAAAGCUUCCAAACUCCUCCAUCUCACAUGACCAAGAAGGGUGAAAGGAAGAGUAGAGGAGCCUGAGGCUUCCCUAGGCUCAUUUUCAUAAUUAUAAACCAUUAGCAUGGUUUACCAUUAUGCUGGAAUGCAGUCAUUAUAUUUUACUGUAAGGACAAAGUCUUGGAUGUGGAACUGAAGAGUGCAGGGCAGAUGGGGAAGUCAGCCAUUAGUUGGCACCAUAAGAAGUAACUUGGACAGAUCACUUAACUUAAAAACAGCAACACAAUAAGCAGACCAAGGCACUUAUUUUGAAAUAUAGCAGAAAUGUAAUACUUUUAAAGAAACGAGUCAGCUAGGACAUUAAAAAACUGAAGAAAACAGCAACAGAGUAUUAAUGACAAAACUGCAACAUUUGUGAUCUCUGCUGUUCAUUACAGGCAACAAUCUUACAAGUUGGAUUAUUGUAUAAAGAAGAGCAACCAUUUCCAGAAAAAAAGUGAGGUUUAAAGCUUUAUUCAGAUCUCACCAUAAUUUUAGCACCUCCAUUAUGAACCUCUCUCUGCUUUUCGCCUUUCAUAUUCUGCUUGAUGUUCAUUAUGCUGCUUUAGGAGCUAAAAAAUAAAUACACAUGGUUUAAGAGCAUGAGACACGCAGAGUCAAAAUUAUUAUUUUAGUGUGGACAGGCAUUAAGUGAUCAGUGUUAAGGGCUGAUCUGAAACCAUUUGAUUAAUUAUACAUUCAAAAUUAAAUAUUUAUUAUUGCAGGGGUAGGCAACCUUUUUCAGCUGGAAGAAUACAUUCCUUUGUGGGGAACCUUCUGGAGGCUGAGUGGGAACAGAGUGGGUGUAAAUUUUAGUUCCCAAUUUGUAAAGCUGUAGCAAGAACAGUUUACUCAUUCUUAUACUUUAAAAUGCUGCUAAAUAAUGCAUUUCCACUCAUAUAAACACUUACAGUGGUCUAAUUUGCACAUCAUAAAGCUAAACCACACUUUAUUAAACUACGGGUUAUGAUUACUGUGCAAACCUUGCCCAGGUUUAACUAUAGUUUGCCAAGAAAACAAGAUCUGAAGACAUGAUUUAUUGGUUUAUAACACUCAUCUUGUUUUAAUUAUGGCUUGAGAUUUCAGCACUAUGGUUUGCCUGGCCGCUCACCAAACAAGAAUAGCGGGAAAACAAACCAAACUUUAGAAGAAAAAAGUAAUGGUUUGACUGAUCAUUCAUGGAACAACUUGUGGUUAACUUGUGAUUUGUUAAACAAACAAUGACUUGGUAUAUGUGCAAACCAAGCCAAUCAACAAUGUGCCUUGAAUGUGGAACUGUAAUUUUUCAAAUGACUAGUAAUUAGUGGACCCAAACUAAGCAUAACAUAUUAUCACAUUUCCUUUAUUGACAAAAGUAAUUGACUAAGGAACAGUUACUUUGAAAACACUGCUAAUCACAUCCACAGUGUAAUUCUUACCAGCACCCAUAUUGCUACUGAGGCACCAAAAGUCAGGCCAACUUUAACCCAGUUCGGUCUGCUUAUAUCAUCAGGCUGUGCCCUGAAUGCAGAACGAGAUGGUUCUGAAAUAAAGGAGUUUAGAAACAUGUUAGUUCUGAGACAAAAUUUUAGAGGAGAGAGCGAGCAGUUUACUUAUGAAAAGGGGUUUCACUGCAUUCUGUUGGAAUAAUUCUUCAGUCAGUCACUGAUCACCUUGACUUAUAAGAACAGUGGCAGAAACUGUACAAAUUGGAAAUGUUUAUUCCGUAUGAUGAAUUGACAUAGCAGUUACUGUAUGAAUUAAUAUUUGUAAAGAAUUGCACAGCAAUGUGGUAACAUUUUGUGUUAAAGGAAAGAAUACAUAACAGGGUUUUUAGAAUGGAUUUUGUCUAAUGGGGAUGGAAGAGAUAAUAGGAAAGAGUUCUUUUAGCAAUAUCAGGGCAACGAAAGAGACAGUAUUAAGCGCUGAUAUUUUAAUAUUCAGUAUUUCAGGAGACAACUCUUGUUGUUCCCUAAUGUCUCUGCUUCAGUCAAUAUAGAACAAGUCACUGUUCUUUUUGACUCCUUCGUUAUGGCUUGCUUGCAAAAAUUAUUUUUUGUUCUAAUCUAGGCUAUGUUUUCAAAAACAAUCUACUGCUAUUCUGACAGUUUCAGUAUUAUGCUACUUUGUUCCCACUUAAUUCACCCAAACCCUGAAAAGAUUUUUUUCUAAGCUUUAGGUUCUUUUAUAGACAAAGCACCAAUACAUGCUUUGUUCCAGUCACUUCUUAUCUCCACACAAAUCAUAAUCUAGAGGAAAAGUAAACAUUGCAAGGAAGAAGAAACACCCAUAGAGAGGAUUAGGGAAGAUGAGAGUAAAAACAGUCCAUGGUACUUGGGAGCAGGUGCAGGGAAGAUGUGACUAAGAUAGUUUAUUGUAUUUUUAAAUGGCUGUCUAAUUAUCAGAGAGGAGAGGUAAAGAACUGAGUUCAUUUUGAUACAAAAAAUUGGCACAUGCAAAUACAACACACAAGAACUGCUUUUUAGCAUCAGACCAUCUAGCCCAGCCUUCUCCAACCUGGUGCUCUCCAGCUGUUUUGGACUACACUCCCAACAGCCUCUGCUACUGCUGUAUCAUUAGUUACUUCAAGGAUCAGCAGAUUUCAGACAGGUCAGAUACACUUUCUUUGUUUACUGGAACCCAAAUACAUACCAAAUACAGCCAGAAACAAAUGAUGUAUCUAUAGAGUUACAAAAGGGUGCCACUUGAGCACAUUCCGAGGUUAGGAAUUUGUUUUCAGUAAGAGACUAAACUGAGCUAAGAGCCCUUUCACACAGAAUUCUGCUCCUGGUUAGCCACCUUGAUUUUAGCAGUCUAGUUUAGAUGCAAAAAGUGUUUUGCUAUUACUAUUUUUAAGACAGUUGACAGGUAGAAAGCCUUGUCAAAUACUGCAGGUCACCCAGACAUCUACCAGUAGAUCCCAAUCUACCUUCUACCCAUUUUGCCCUAUGCCGACUCUCUUGGGCCGUGGUUCCCAACGUGGGGCACAUGCCCCACAGGGAGGCAAUUUGAUUUUUUGGGGGGGGCAAUUCGAGAAUGAGUUAUAAACAGUUAAUGGCCUUUUAGGCUUCCUCCACGUGAAUAGGAGUUCACUUGUUGAAUAAGAAUUAUAUGGGGGAGGGGAAAUCAGGAUUUUAGAGAUGCUUAGAUGGGGCAUGGCAAAAAAAAAAAAAAAGGUUGGGAACCACUGCUCUAGGAUCUCUGGCAUACAUCUUUCUCAGUCCUACUCUUCGAAGGAGACUCUCGGGAGUCGGGAAAAAAAGAAAAGAGUAAAAUGAAACAACGCGUGCAUUGAACCAGCUACUAAAGAAAUAACAUACUGUACAAGCUUCUUACAAGGAACUUGUAAGAAACUGAAAAUUGGGCAGGGUGUGAAAGUUUACGGAAGGAAAAGGGUAACUGAUGUCCAUUCAGCUCAUCCACAGCAACCCUUCUCCUUCCCGCACAGCGAUAUCGCCGAUGCUGCAAGGCGAUGCUCUAGCCCGCUGCUAUGGGGCGCCACUAGCAGUUUGGGCACGAAAGGCCCAGCCCAUCCAAACUCACAGCAAAGAACGGAGAGUGGGAAACAGAUGGGGCAGGAAAAACCAGCAGACCCUGAAGGUUACACGUAGGAGACUCGGAUGAAGCGCUCCCACGGUCGUUCAACGAGGGUGGUAUUGAGGAAGGGCAGGUGGGGAAAUAGCGCAUUCCUCUGUCCUGCCCAGGUUAGGAAAAGAGAGGGAGGUCCACUGGGGCCCCGGUGACUCACCUCGGAUCGGGUUACCAGAUAACCGCAAAAACCUCCGCGCAACCUGCAAGGGCGCCGCCAUGUUGUUUUGCUUCCUCCUCCUCCACGCAGGUUCCCUGAGCAACAGUGCGAACACGCCAAUCAAACAGCGCUAGGGGCGGGGCUUCUUAACUGAUCCGGAAGGAGAGAACUCAGGCAGGGAGGGCGCCCCCUCCUGGUCACAUGGCCGUAGGUAGUGGCUGCUUCGGAACGCUCUCCCCUAUAAACAUACAGUAUUAAGCCAGACGCUGGCUCAGCAGCUACGAAACUGCCUUUACAUCAAUCAGUCAUGAGAGUUGUGAGGAGAUAGUAGAACAUAAAAAAACUCCGUGGUUUUGUGUUUCCGUGACUUUAGAACACACACUGCGGAAGCAGCAUGCUAACGUUAGAAUUUUCAUAAAUAAAAGUAGAUAUUAUUCUGCCUUUAUCAUAGCAUUCCUUAUGUAGGAUACAUAUUGUAAUUAACAGCAGGAAGGCUGUGCCAAUCGGCCACUUGUGAGAAUUUCGACAGAAGCAAAAUUGUACAAUAGGUUAUGAACUUUAACAGGGGUUGUUUGAGAACAAGUGCUGUAGACUAUGCAGACAAGUAGUCCAUAUCUCAAAUAUACAACACUUCCACUGAAACCCGCUAAAGAUGAAUGUUUCUGUCAGAAGUUUUGGAAAGUACUGCAACUGACAUGAGGGUACUCAACAGCCCACUUUCAGUAUUACUGUCUUAGAUCUUACUGUUGUGUUUCAUACCUUAAGAGUGUAAUCCAUACAGGUCUACUUAGAAGUGUUAUGUUCCAUUGAGUUCAAUGGGACUUACUAUCAGGUAAGCACGUACAGGAUUGCAGUCUGAGACAGUCCAACUGCCUGGAGUGCUAUUGCUAUUUAUGCUGUAUUAUGCACACUUGCCUGACAAUAAGCCCCCAUUGAACUCAGUGGGAACUCUGACUGAACAUGCACAGGGUUGCGCUGCAAGGCUACAUGCAAUUAUAUGCACAUUUAUCCUUGGAAAAAGCCCCACAAUAGGACUUACAUUGAAUAACAUUGGCCACACUUAAUUUCUAAUUAAACAGCAAAGACAGAAAAGCCAUUUGUCGGCGUUACAUGCAAAGUUUCAUGUCUAUGAAAAGGCGGUUGCUUACAAUCUGAAAAUUGUCUGUCAUCCUCAGACCAAUUUACUGUUUCUUAAUAAUUGCAAUAAUGUGCCAAAGGCUAAUGAGGCAUUGCCAUUGUUGCAGGAAGGCAGUAUCACAAACUGGUUCUUCCAGUGUGCUGAGUUUAACAUUGCAAGAGGUCCAUCAAGAAGCAUGUGUAGGUGUGGAAGCAGAACUUGGCUCUUGCAGGGAUGACAAAAGAGGAAGUAAGCAGACAGAGGUGAGAAAGAAAAGAAGUGUACAGCAACACAUAAUUAAGUUAUGGAAUUCACUGCCACAGGAUGUGAAGAUGGCUUCAAAAGGGGAUUAAACAUCAAACGGCUUUUAACAUUGACAGCUACACAAAAUCUUCAAGUCUUUAUACCUCUAAAGGUAUACAACUAUGGACCUUCCUUGUAUUUAGCUACUUGGGGCAACUUUUCUCCAGGAUGCAGAACUCAUUACUAUAUUUUCAGAAAAUAUAAGAGGAGGAGGAAUCUGAGGACCUCCAGAUGUUGCUGAACUACAAUACCCAUUACCUCUGACCACUGAACAUACUAGUGGGCAGAGUUGGAGUCCGGUAACAUCUGAAGGGCCACUUAUUCCCCAUCCUUGAUUAUAAUGUUUUAAAUAAUAUUCUAGAAGUGUUUACAGUAGAAGUACAGGUCCUUGUGUUUGCUUUUGAUGUACCAUACGUUUUCAGGACUUCCCAGAAGCAUCUGGGCUGGCUACUGGUGGAAACGGGGCAGUGGGCUCUAUGGGACUUUGUUCUCCUUGUGUUAAGCAUAAUUUAAUCCUAACAUUAAGCUUGCCAUUGUGGUUUUCAUUUGUGUAGCAUAUCCUGGAUGAACAUGAAAAUUGGCACUUAGUGCAGAAACAAAUAUACAGAGUAUAGAUCAUGAAUGAUAUUUAUUUCAUAGAAUCAUAGAACCAUAGAAUUGUAGAAAUGGAAGGGAUCCCAAGGGUCAUCUAGUCCAACUCAGGAAUCUCAAUCAUAGUGCGAUGAUGUCAACAACAUUACAACGCUUGUGACUAUUUUGGUUUUAAUGGGCUGAUACACAAAGCCAAGUUACAAGGCACAGCUUUUUGGAUACAAUAUUUCCAAACCACUUCCAAACGUACUUAAAGCCAACACAAACAAAAUAAAUGAACAGUAUACUUGUUUAUAAGAAUAAAUGUAGAGUAUUUUUGUUUAUAAAGAAACCCCCUUGGGUUACAACCACCACCAUGUAACCACCAAAGUAAAACAAAUGAUAAAAGUUUAAAUGACUAUACAAUUACUGCCACUGUGGAUUUUUGGACUAAUACUAUGCCAGCAGGUAUUCGGAUUUCUGUAGUGGUGCUCAGAAAUCUGCCUCGCGCCACUCUAGAGACCAUUCCCUUCGCCCCUCCUGAACAAUUCACAGCACUACCCAUGUCUAUGCAGAAGCUCAUGGGGGACGUACUCUGACAGUAAGUCCCGCCGAGUUCUCAGCUACCGUAAGUGGCUGCAGGACACCAGCCCGGGCUGCUGCGCUCCUGCGCUCACCUACCUGCUGAGCUGCACGCGACUGGCAAGCUUAGUAAGCAUCCCGCUCACGCGCCCGCCCCCCGCCCCCCAGCCCGCGCAGGCGCACUCCUCCAACAGUUCCCAGCGGGAGGGUGUUCUCAUUUCCCAACUUACCUUGUAGGGACUAUUAAGCCUACAUAGAGAAAAGAGGGCGAAGACGUGAGGCAGAGGAGGAGGAGGAGGAGGUGGCGGCGGCGGCCGGGGUCGUGGCGCAUGCGCGCGGGGCUCGGUGACCCGGCUGGGGAAGCCCUCGGCGGCGGCCAUUUUGGCGGCGCCUCCUCUCUCCGGCCUGUUCAGUUAACCACGUGAACCGCCCGCCGCCUCGGGCUCGCUGCGGGGCCAGGGGUAAAGUGGGCGCGGGCACGGCGGCUGCGGAGGCCGCUUGGGAAGGAAGCGCCAGGAGGAGGAGGAGCAGCAGCAACAGGCGACGGCGGUGCUGCUGCUUCUGGUAGCCGCGGCGGCCUGGCGGGCAGUCCCUCCCGGGAGGUGGCGGCGGAAGCAGCGGCAGCGCUCAAGCCUCGGCAGGAGGAGGGAGCUGGUUCACCGGCCCGGUAGCAGCAAGAAGGGCGGCGGCGGCGGUGGUGGCGGCAGCAGCGGCGGAGACGAUGCCGUCCGUGAGCCUCCCGCCGAAGGAGAACGCGCUGUUCAAGCGCAUCUUGGUGAGUCGGGGUGGGGGGGACAGGCGGAGAAAGGCCGCCCGGCUCCUUCCCUCACGGGCUUGGGAGGCGGCGGCGGCGCCUCGCUCGCUGCCCCUCGGAAGCGGGCCCCGGCGGCGUUGCCCCAGGCCGCCUGCCUGCCCGCCUCUGGUUCGGGCCCCGGGUGCCCCCCGCGCCGGGCGCCGCUGACAGGUGCCCCCUGGAGCUCGAGGGAUUCCUCGUUCCAGAGCCGCCUGUGGAACGCGCCGGGCAUCCCCCGCUCCAGGCGCGGCCGGGAAGAGAUUCUUGUCUGGCGGGGGCUGGGUGGCGGCGGGGGCGGGGGUCGCGUGCGCCAGCAGGGUGUCCUAAAAAUAGCAUUGGCGACCGUGGUGGGUGGGGGAGGAAAGGCGCGCGGCUGGGAAGGGGCCUUUAUGCAGCGGAUCUGCGGGGAAGCUGGAAAGGCAGCGUUUAUCAUUUAAGUUGGGGAGAGUUUCUCCAACUUGGGACGCGCGCUAAGGUUUUGUUCUGCCCUUGCCCUCCUGAGCGCGUGGGGCUUCUGAAAAGUGAUCCGCGCAGCGUCUCUCGGCGAUCGACUUCAGAUUCCCGGGGAACUGCACGCUCCUUUAAGAGGGUUGAGAAUAGACCGGUGACGAACAGGGAGAGAGCAGCGGCUCGUGCGCGCUCUGCUAGUUCAUGCCUCCUAAUGUAGAAUAGGCUUAGGGGACUCAGUUGUGCCACACGCCACUGAAAAUAAUCCUGUGUGUUUGUGUACUUUAAAAAGUGCAGAGUUAGAAUGUGCAUUCAACGAAGUAGUGGUAGGCAGAAACAAUCCUACUAAGGGCUACUUUGAAGUAAGCCUCAUUGCAUUCAUUUAAGGAUACCUAGGAUGCUAAGCCAAGUUGUCAUAAUAAUGUAGUCCAUACUACAAUUCCAAAAUAAAAUAAAGCUGAUUUGUAUAGUUCUUUUAGUCUGUUUAAUCCUAUUAUUAAAUCAGUAAGUAAGGGGGGGAAUACCUCCACCAAUCUUUUAUAGAUCAGAUGCUUUACAACGCAACACUAAUGUCUGUUCAGAUAUAAAUUCUAUUAAAUUCAUUGGGGCUUACUCCCAGGCAAGUGAGAUUAGGAUUAUACUCUUAAUUGAAACAACUGGUGAAGUGGGCAACUGAAAACAUUGUUUAUUAAGAAACUGUAAUUAAGGGUGCCCUACAUUUUAUCUAUUAAAACUUAAAAGCAAAUGGAUUUCUUUCUUGAGAAUGUUAAUCAACGUGUUGGUUGGUUAUCUGGUAUGCUUUGCAUUCCUAAAUUAUUUGAUUGUCUUUGAUGGCUCUCUGUUAAUAAUACCCUCUGUGGAACAAUCUGUGCUCAAGAAACAACUUAGGAAAAAGAAAUAUUGAAUUGUUCCCAAGUAGUUAUAAGGCCUUGAUAUUAAAAUGAUAAUUGUAAAUAAUACAGGGUGCAAUCUAGCCAUUGAUUAAAGUGUUUUAAGUCCCAUUGACUAGGGCAGAAUACAGUUGAACACAUGCUAGAUUGUGUCCAGAGUAUUGUAGUGUUCAAAUUGUGUGGUUGCUGAGCCUGCGGACUUGCAUGAGUAGCACACUAUAGCCUCACUGAAAGUAAUUGGGGUACAAUUAUAUUAUGGACAACAUGAAAACUGAUAAGGAAAAGGAUUGUGUUAUCUAUGUGAUCUCAUAAGUUAUGCAGGUGAAAACUUUUAUGGAAUACCUCUGGUUGCGAAUGGGAUCCGUUCCGGAGCCCCGCUCGCAACAUGAGCAGAACGCAAUGCACGUCUGCGUGGGUCGUGAUUCGCCGCUUCUGCACCUGUGUGUGACGUCAUUUUGAGUGUCUGCGCAUGUGUGAGCGGCGAAACCCAGAAGUAACCCUUUCUGGUACUUCUGGGUCACUGCGGGACGCAACCUGAAAAGACGUAUCCUGAACCAAACGUAACAAGAGGUAUGACAGUACUUAAUAUGUUAUACGUAUACAAAGUAGCAAUUUUAUUUAUUUGUUUUUAUCCUACUCUUCUCUGAAUUGUUUAGAGUGGCUUAGUUUGAGUGCUUCCAGUGGUUUCUUUUCAGGCACCGAUCCAGAUCCGCACCUGCUUAAUUUCAGUAAUGAGGUCAAGUACUCCAGAAGUGUAGAACCUAGAAAUUACCAUGACUAACAUGGGGCUUUGAGCCAUAGUAAAGCAUGGAGUGAUUAUUGCUUCAUUGUUGCAAUUGGACGCAUGCUUUUGGAACAACCAGUUCAGCAUAAGAUGAGGAAUUUAAUUCAAUGUUCCUUGCUUGCCCCAGCUUGCUUGUGUACAUUUUAACACUGUUAUGCAAAUGAACAGGUCUGUAAAAUGCUUUUAUCAAGCACAUUUAAGGGACUCACCCAGAUUAGUUGUUAUCCUCAGAAAGUGCUAAACUUGUCUAGUUUCUUAUGCUGAGGUUUUCAGAUGCAUGGCAAAUCAAAUAAAUGCAGCUAUGCAGCUACAUCUUUAGAACAGUUACCACCAUUCCAGUUUACAGCCAGCUAAUGCCAGUUGCUUUUUCCCAUCUAGAUUACUGAACCUGUAGCUUUGCUUUCUAGGACUUUCUUUUAUCAGUGCAAUGUAUAGUUAACAACUGGGAUGAAAAUGCAUGUGUGCUCAGCUUCAAGAAACUGAUGUUAGCCAAUCCAAGUGGUCUGCUAGAAAGUGGAGCAUGCUGUGCGUGUGGGAUGUGUGGCAUAGUAUGCUUACCCCACCUCCAAAACUUUGGCAUACCUAAAUAUGAUCAGCACACACCCCAUAGCAUGUAUGCUUGGUAUGUGUAAUCUUUACCACUUCAUAUUUUCAUAAGGUAAGCACUGCAUAUUUCACAUGCAUGCGUGUUGAGAUGCACUUGCUAUUGCCACGAGUAGGCAUUAAAGCAAAGGUAAAGUGGUCUAGCAGGGCCCACUGCAGAUUACUAAUGAAGGUUUAAAUGGGUUUUGAAAAGUAUGCAGGCUAUUUACAAAAUAAAAAGGGCCGUGUUAGCUUUGGAAAUUUUAUACAUGUCCCCAUUUGCGUGUCACAGUAAGCCAUAGUUAGAAAUAAACUAUGACUUACUGUAAAUGUGCAGUGUGUUUAAACAAGUUUCUUAAAUUGCACCUGCCCAACUCUGCCUUUUGCCAGUUGGGGGGGAAGGAAGGCAUAGCACUACUUUAGUUUCUGUUUCUCAAAACACUCCAUGAGAAGAAGCCAUGGUUUGAGGAGAAAUAAAUCACAAGCUCUUGUUUGCACAUAAACCUAAAACAGAGCUAUGGUUUAUUGCAUUUCAGCUCAUCAAAGGGAGGAGUGAGGUAUAUGCCAAUGGCUCAUUCACAGUAAACCAAAGUUUGUUUCAGACUGUGGCUUACCAUGAUGUGUGAACCAGGCCAAUGGUAGAAACCUAAGGCAGGUGGGUGACCUUUAAUAGGAAAGGCAAAUAUCCCCCUAGUGUCCUCAUAAUUUUCUUUUGGUAGGCAUAUUUUCAAUUUUUUAAAUCUUAAAUGAAAACUCUGGUAUUUGGGGUCUCUCUAAACUUACCUGCUUGAAUGGUGAUAAGUUAAUGAGAUACUAACUAUUCAUUUCCCAUAGAUAAGUAAGGAUUAUAUAGGAAUUUCACCUUUGGGUCAUCUGUAGUUUAAGAAGCCUUAUUGCUUUUAGAGCUCUGUAUCAUACCAUUUAUGUAUCAUUAAUUAAACCAAAAUCUCAGUUAUAAUUCCUUGCCAUCAGAUAUCACUUCCAAAGUAGUAUAUCACCAGUUAGCAUCCUCUGGAGAAUUUCCAGUGUAAGAAGAGACUGUGUGGGCAUUGGUAGGGUUGCCUUACACAUUCAGAAGCUGAAGAGGCUGUUCUGCAGCUUACAAACUGAUUAAUAAUCUUUAGCAACUUCCGUCUGCCUCCCUAGAGGAGAUGGAAGACUCCUGCUUUCUUUCUGCUCUGUUUCCACAAACCAUUGUUGAGAUUAGUUUUGGUUAAGAGAUAAACUAAACUGUGGUUAGUCUAGAGCAGAAGCUUCUAAUAUCCUUGAAGCUGUUCUGAAGAAAGGGUGGUGGAUAUGAUUUUAAGGUUUCAUUGUUAAACUGAACUGUGAUUUAGCAUUACAUGUGAACCUGGCCAAUGAAAACUUAUUGUGAUUGGAAAACUUUGGAAAGAAUGAUUGAGACAUUUGGCCUUCAGAAUACAGUAUCUCUCUUUUCAGUUUUUCUCUAAAAACUUUGUCAUCAAGAUACAAAACUACACAAAUAAACUCCUGCAUAGCUUUCCACUGAUUUUGCAUAAAUCCUUUAUCGGUGUCACUGUGGAUGCAUGAUUAUAUGCCUACUACAAGAUACGUAUUGUGUGUCACUAUAGAUCAUGAAUUUGCCAAUAGGUUCAUGGUUAGCGUUCUCUAUAACUGAUCAUCUGCAUUAACAUUUCAUCUUUAUUGCAAGGAAUUAUAUCUGUACUCUAUUACUUGCUUAUCCCUGUACCCCUUCCGCCAGUAGUCUUCGGUUUUUCAGACCCAGCAUGCAACAUAUGUUCUGCUUCUCAUUUUUCUGAUAGAUGUCCAUCUUUCUCUUGGAUUUUCUCCUUCUCUAUUCUUUUCUUGUUCUCCCCACUUCUCCAUGCUCCCUGUUCUCUUCUUUCUCCUUCUGAGAUAAUAGCAUGCAAAACAAAAAAGGUAGUAGUGCUGCAACUGGUACAACCCACUUCAACUUGGAUGUAACCAAAUCCUCAAGCCACCAGUUGGUAGAUUAAUGCUUUAAAUAAGUUUAGAUUAGCUAGAAUCAAACUGGUAAGCAACCAGUAUAGUGAGCCUAUGCACUGUGGAAAUUUGCACUAAUUACUAAGUAAACUUCGAAUGUCUUGUUUUCAAAUAUUGCCUGUAGCAUCCUUCCUUUCAUAAUAGCGCUGAUAACUUAAACAAUUUAGCAGAAAUAAGCUACAGUCACUUGGUCACUGCAUGAAAAAAUGUAGAAUUUAAAACAUGCUUCCCAGUGCAUAUAUGUAAAAGGGAGUGUGGCACAGUGGUGUGUGAUGUAGUGGUUAGAGUGUAAAACUAUGACACUACCUUGAGCUCCUUGGAGGAAAGGUGAAAUACGGUAAAAAAUGCAAUAAUUAAAUUAAAAUGUUUACUCGCAUUCAGAGGUAACAAUAACCAUAGGGAGAAUCAGCACUAUUUGUAUAUUUAGUAGUUUGUUUAUUUGCAGAAUGGUUUUGAACCCUGGAGUUAGAAGUAAAAUGCCCUACAUACAAUAUAUACCGUAUUUUUUGCACCAUAACACUCACUUUUUUCCUCCUAAAAAGUAAGGGGAAAUGUCUGUGCGUGUUAUGGAGGGAAUGCCUACGGGUGGCAUGCCUACAGAUUUUCCUCCUCUAAAAACUACGUGCAUGUUAUGGUCAGGUGCGUGUUAUAGAACGAAAAAUACGGUAUGUAUGAGGCAGCCAUAGACUAUGCUGCAUAAACCUGGUUGUGCAACAUUGUGCUAGUACAUUAAAUGCCUGGUGGUCUGAAUGACUUUUGGAGUUAAUUAUUGAAUUGAAGGGCUAUUUAUAUAUAUGGAGAGCAAAUUAAGUUGAUGACCACAGUUAUCACUAGCCCAAAUAAAGGUGACUGUUCGCUUCUCAGUGUUCAUAUUGCUCCUUGGUAUAUCUGAAGUGAGUUAAGAAGACAGUAGUCUCAAUGUGGUUGUUAUCUUGUGUAGACAUUUGGAAACACGGGGCUGUUUUUCCAGCUCAGCAUGACACUUUAGGACACACCCUGGAGAGUCACUGAUAGAAUCUGUAGGAUAGCUCCCUACUCAACAGAGUAAUGAAGCAUCUUAACUAGAUUCAAGUUAUUGCUGUUUUGGCAAAGCAAGAUCAGUCAUAGGCAAGACAUUAAAUGUUUAUGGAUGUAAUUAUUAUAUAGGUCAAUAGGAGUGAAAGUACAUGGAAUUCAGCCACAGAGUAUCUGUAUAUGCAGCCUAAACUGCAGGUUUGGCUUCAGCUGCAGCAUCAGUUCACUAUUGCCCAGAUGACUUGCGCUGCUGCAGCCAGAAGUUCUUAAUAAGGAUGGAGAGAGGUGGUUCAAAGGGUACUCUCUUGGGAAAGUGACCUUCUGAAUUCUGAUUGUGUAAACAAGUUUAUAGCUAAGCUACAGGAGCAGCUAAUGGGCUGUUCUUAAUUUAGCAAUGUGAAGAAUAAAUGACUUCCCCCAGCAAUAAAUUCCUUAUUAAAGACAGCUUAUUAGAGAGAUGAUGCUCCAUGGGGUGUUAUUAUUUCUUUUUCUUUUUCUGGCCUUAUAUCUAAAAAGACAAAAUUGAGUAUGGGAGAGAAAUCACAACACACCAUUUCCCAAAUUUCAAAGGCAGCUUGUGAUGGAAGAAACCUACUGUGCCAAACUGUUGAGCAUUGAGCACUGUAGAUCUUUUAUAAAUUAAUUCUAAUUUUUAUAAUACAUAGACAAUAAUGUUCCUUUUGGGCUGAAGAACUAUUGAUAGUGCCACAGAUGGACUUCGAUUGAUUCAGAAAAUGUGGAGCUUCAGAAUGAUUUUGAAAUUACUUAUGGGUCUCUUAAUCUAGUCAGAAAUGAAUGUUAACGAACAUACUUUCCCAAGCAUGUGUAUGUAGAAUAACCUAAGUUCUUUAGUAGCAUCCUCCCCAAGAGUAAAUUAGUUUUGAGGGUUGUUGUUUAAAAAAAAGAAAGUUGGUUCUUAAGAUAAGUUAGUUAACAUUCAAUAUGGCUGCAUACUACUUAGCAUGCAGCCUUUAUGGCUGUUUUAUCACUCUUAUGUGGACAGUUUUAUUUUUACUGUGAAACUUAUACAAUUGGGAUGAGCCAUAACUCAGGGCAUGUGCUUUGCCAUAUAUAAGUCCCAGUUUUCCCCAUGCCAUCUCCAGAGACUGGCUGAGUUCACACUUUAAACCAUAAUUUGAUGUGAUGUGAAUUUCAGGCUCACUUGCUUCUACCCUACCCUCCUGUUAUAUAGCUGGGAGGAUAAGCUCAGAAGCUUCAUUUCUGCGGAAAUGCUGUUUGUCAUUCCACCUGAACUGACAAACUGUUGCUAAUAGUAACAAUGCUUUGUCUGAAACACACUAACUUCAAACUCUGAUUUUCUGUGAUGUACAAAUGUGGCCAAAGAAUCUUGAGUACCUGACACGUUGGACUGACACGGGCUCUUCAAUUAGAUGUUGCUGUGCUGGAUGCACUGACCAAUGGUCUCACUUAAAAUGAGAUGGCUUCUUAUCUGUAAAUCAACAGAUAGAAAUUAUAAAUGAGAAAAUACAUGAUUUCUUUGCAUAAUUUGCAUUUCAAUAGCAAUAGGGAAUUUAUUUCAACAAGAAAUGAUUUUUCACUUAACUAUAUUGUGAACAAUGAACAAAAAUUUGUACGGAAGGGGUUAAAACUUGCAAAAAAUUGGGGGACAGGAGGGCAAUUAACAACAUGAAGUUAGGAUUCUGGCGGUGACUCAUUCCCCCCCCCCCAAUUCCCAGGUUUCUGAUUUGGACUUUGAAUGGUGAACACUAAUGCUCUAGAAGAUACUUUGCUUAUUUUGAUUCUCCUUAGUUUUCAGAAAAAUGAAAUCUUCAAUCACAUUCUGCGAUGAAAGCAAAACUUGUGAUGUAACUGUCAAGAACUUUAUGAUAUACCACCUGUGUAAUAAAUCAUUGGGCUUUUAACAGUGAAUUGCAAUGGGGCAAGUCAUUUUCAGGAAUAGACUAGGAAUAACUUUCUUCUUACUAAUAUCUAUUUAUCAUUUUGCUGAAGAGUUUGGAAGAAUCAUGUUCUUUACUCCUGAAAUUUGUUUCUCCCAACCUUUAAUUGUAUACAGAACACUUGUGCUAGGAACUGUUAACACAUGCGACUAAUGGGAUCCCUCAUGUUUAAACUUGCCACCCACAUAUCCCUUCAAAACUAAGUUAUAUCCAACAAAAUAUUUCCAUGAAUUAACAAUUUUAGCUCACACAAAGCCACUUCCCUCCCUCUCCUGUCCCUGUGAACAACCCCAAAUCUGGUUUUCUUAGCCCACUCCCCAAGAGCAAAUUGUGGCUGGAUGUAGAGGUGCACAGGGGAUGGAGGGGAAGUUCUGCCGCGUGAGCAAAAAUUGCUCUGCUCAUGCAAUGACUUGGUUGGUUGGAUUCAUUCUUGCUUGAUAAGGUGAGGGGUUUAUGAGUGUAGCUUAUUUCUAUCACAUUUGUUACAGUUGCUUUGGAUUUUUUUUGUCUCUACAGAGGUGUUAUGAACAUAAACAGUACAGAAAUGGUUUGAAAUUUUGCAAACAAAUUCUUUCCAAUCCAAAGUUUGCAGAACAUGGAGGUGAGUCUUCAGACUUCUACAUAAACAAGUACCGGUUCUGAACAUGUUAAGUUUUAAAAUUGGCUUAUAUUUAUAGUUUGCCUCUUCCUUAUGGUUUGGAUUGGGUAGCAAUAUAUGUCUACAAUUCAGUUUGAAUUAUGAAAUUGAAUUUUAAAAAAACUUCAGCCUCAUUCCAGUCAUGAAAACAAAGCCCAAAUCAAAAGACCUUUUGAAAAAAUGGCCAAAAUGAUUUUGGCAAGUAUACAAAGGUCUGUAAUUGAAGGGCAAUUAUUCUCCUGUGUAUCCACAUUCAUGAUAUGUUGGAACAUUUCUUAGACUUGUAAACUGCUAAGAAAAACUGAAAGUGGUAGUAGAUGUGAUGGUGACAGAACUGCCUUGAAACAGCAUUCGGCACUGAAAUACAGAAAGUGGAGUGGGUGAUUGCAUAUGGAGACGAGACAGGCCCUGAACCCUUCUUCAGUCUUGCCUACAUCCCCACAAUCCCUUCUCCCUGGCUGCUAUUCUAAAUGAACUCAUUUCUGUUUGCAAGGCUUGUGGGGUUUGGGGAGGGUGACUUUGGGAAGAGGCGGUAUGCUAAGGUAGAACAUCCCACUUUCUUAGCUUAGGAACAUAGGAAGCUGCCUUAUACUGAGUCAGAGACCAUUGGUCCAUUAUGCUCAGUAUUGUCAACACUGACUGGUAGUGGCUGUCCAGUAGUAUGGGCAGGGGUCUCUUCUGGCCCUAACUGAAGAUUCCAGGGAUUGAACCUGAGGCCUUCUGCAUGCAACAGGUCAUGGUGUACCACUGUGCUUAAAGCCCUUCUGGCUUAAGAUUGCCCCACGCAAUCUUUGUGUGUGUUUGAACACACACAAAGCCAGGAGGGAGGCAGAAGAAACAAAAAGAAUGCAGAAAUUCUCAGUGCCAGCUUUGAAUGUUUAUUGUAGCACAACAAGGUUUGGAAUAAGUUCGUUCUUCAGGAGUUAUCUUAAACUUAUUGAAUCAGCUUAUACAGAUGCUGUUGCCUAUCUGGCACUACCUGAAGAAGGAGUCCUCUCCCCCACUCCCCAUCCCUAAUGUCGAUUCUAUAAUACAAAUUGACCCUUUGCCCCAAGUUGUUAUUAGCUGCAGAGAAGAAAAUGGGCACUAACUAAUUAAGCACAGCAGGUUUAGGGAUGGAGGGAAUUGUAUUGGGAAUCUAUGCCGAGGAGCACUAACUUUAUUUAUUAACUGAAUUUACCAUCUCAUGAAAUAAGUUCUCUUGGUGGCUCACAAAACAGAUACAACAAUUAAAAUGUAAUAUAGAACAAUAAAAGCAAUUAAAAAUUAAAAGCACAAUUAAAAUACAGAUUUAAAAACCUGUGGGUGAUAUCCAGAAUUGCACAAAUAGACUCUGAUCAGGCAUAGGAUUUCUCCUUUCUCUAUUAUCCGCUGUUUUCCCAACAUCUGCUCUAGAUAGUCUCCCAACCUUUCAAAGCCGACUUUGGGGUGUAUGGUUCUACCUGCGGAUGGACACUUUGUUGUUUUCAUCCUAAAAAGAUUGGACCAUAAAUAAUCUUAUCCCAUUCUUCUCUUCCACACAAAACAUGCCCCAUCCCAUAUCCCACUGCUUUUAAUAAAAGAAAGGUAUGGCACGACAUCCAGUCACAGAUCUCUUGCGGAGAGAUAAAUUGGUCCUGAGAUCCUGUACAUUUGAAACAAUUAAGAUCCACUGAAACCUGCCAGUCAUAGUACAUACAGUUACCCUUCUGGGAAUCUACUACAAAUAAAUGUUCAAUCAGUAAGGAAUUAUUUGUUUGAACCAAAAUUAAGGGCAUCUUCCAACAGAAAAGGGAUUUGCUCUUAAAGAUGCAGAAGCACUUCUGUGUAAUAGGCAUAUCCCUGCUUUCAGAUUUAUAGACAUGCUGCUUGGAAUUUAAAACAAAAUCUACUGAUAGAAGUCUCUGCUACCAGUUUUUCUGUUCAUAAAACUUCAAAAUAUGCAUCACUAUUACUAUGGCUUGGCACAGCUGGUAAUGAUUUUUUUCUUUUUCUUUUUAGAAACCCUGGCUAUGAAAGGACUAACGCUAAACUGCCUAGGUAAAAAAGAAGAGGCAUAUGAAUUGGUGCGAAGGGGCCUACGAAAUGACUUGAAGAGUCAUGUCUGUAUCCUUUUCAACGUGCACAUUAGAUUGACAAACAAAGGAAAUGAUAAAAAAUAAAUAGAAAACAUUAUAUAUAAACUAGAACAUAAAUGUAGCCUCUCCCUUCGUAUUAUGUACCUUCUAAAAGGCAUUUCUUGAAACUUUUUGAACAGUUAUAUUACCGCCUUUGGAGCAACCAUCCUAGCUUUUAGUCCGUAAUGUACCUUACUAAUUCUAUUUACAGACCAGAUUCAAGUGAGUGCCUGAACAGCAGAGUCUUAGAAAUAUCUGGGCCACAUAAUUAACUGUAUUUAAGGGCUGACUUCUAAUACUCCGAGGAGCCUUACACAUAUUUCAUUGUAUUAUGCUAGUUUGUAUUGGUAUACUAGUUAAAGGUUUCUCUACCUGAGGGGCGGGGGGAAGCAUUUACAGACUUCUUUCAUGGAAAUAGUUGAAUGAGUUGUUUCUCAUUUUCAAUUGUUGCAAAAUGGAUGACCUUAACUGAGGUUUCCAGGUUGGCAUGUCUAUGGCCUCCUCCAGCGAUCAGACAAGAAAUAUGAUGAAGCCAUCAAAUGUUAUAGAAAUGCACUGAAAUGGGAUAAGGACAAUCUCCAAAUUUUGAGGGACCUUUCUCUGCUACAAAUUCAAAUGAGGGAUCUUGAAGGCUACAGGGUAAGUCAAGAACAAGCCUCAGGAAGGUUUUACAAGCGCAGUAACUCUAAAUAGUUCUUAAACUAUGAAAAGUAUGAGAGAGCAAAACCUUUUUGCCUUGCUUUCUACCAUAAUAAUUUGGUUGUUGUUGUUUAGUCGUGUCUGACUCUUCGUGACCCCAUGGACCAGAGCAUGUGGUAGGGAUUUAGUUGAGUACAAAAUGAUUUCACAUAUAGUGCUUUCUUAAGUGCUUAGAAUAAUGCACAUUUCUGCUUGCUGACUUGUAGAAGAACUAGGUUCAGAUUAUCAAAGACAGAGUCAUAAAAUUGUAGAGUUGGAAGGGAUACUGAGGGUCAUUCCAUGCAAUGCAGGAAUGUCAGCUACAGCAUCCAUGACAGAUGGCCAUCUAACUUCUGCUUUAAAAAAAUCCAAAGUAGGGGAGUCUACCAUCUCUUGUGGGAGUCUUCCACUGUCAGAAAGUUCUUCCUGAUGUUUAGUUGGAAUCUCCUUUUUUGUAACUUGAAGCCAUUGGUUCAGGUCCUGCCCUCCUGAGCAGGAGAAAACAAGCUUGCUCCAUCUUCCAUGUGGCAGCCCUUGAGAUAUUUGAAGAUGGCUAUCACAUUCCCCCUCAGUCUUCUCUUACCCAGGCUAAACAUAUCCAACUUUUUCAACCAUUCCUCAUAAGGCUUGGUUUCUAGACCCUUGAUCAUCUUUGUUGCCCUCCUCUGCACACGUACCAGCUUCUCAAUAUCCUUAUGAAAUUGUGUCAGCCAGAACUGGACACAGUACUCCAGCUGUGGUCUGGCCAAGGCAGAAUAGAGUAAUACUAUUACAUCUCUUGAUCUGGAAGAUCAAGAUAGUUGCACUGGUUCUGCAGAAAGAAUUGUCCACCUUCUCUCUUUAUAAUGCAAUCCUAAAAUAGUGAUGGCCUUAUUUUGUCUGGAUUGUUUGAUUUCUAAACUGGUUUCUGAGUUACAUUUCUGUGUUGUAGUUCAACAGCUGUUCUUCCUAGUGUCUUUCUUCUUAGAAACCUGAGAUGGUAGUGAAGUUGUCAAGUAUUAGUAUUUUGUGCAAGUUGCAAUUAACUCAUCUCAUUGUUGAGUUCCACACGGAUUUAGUCAUUAUUAUCCUUAAGUGUGUUGAUGCCAUAGUUGAUAGUGCUCAGGAUUUACUACAAAAAAUAUACUAGUUCUAUAUCAGCACCAUUCAGGUUUCUUUAAAAACACAGUCUGGAAUAGUCACAUUGAUCAAAUUGUUUUUCAGAGAUUCUGUACAACAUGUAUAUGAAGGUUUUUAUAUGUUGAAACCUUAAAUUUUGAACUCUUGUCAUUGAUUUCUUGAUUAAUACUGUUGAUUUAGUUUUGAAUCCAGUAGACUGGAAUGUGAAAGCUACCAUUUUAUUACAUUUAUGCAGGAAACUAGGUAUCAGUUACUUCAACUUAGACCUGCACAGCGAGCAUCAUGGAUUGGCUAUGCGAUUGCUUAUCAUCUUCUGGAAGACUAUGAAAUGGCAGCAAAGAUUUUGGAGGAAUUUAGGAAGACUCAACAGGUAUCAUGAAAAAAACAAAACCAAGUUUGUAUAUAACUAAAAUAAUCAGAAUCGAAAUGGAAGAAUAAAAUAUAAUAUUUUGUGUGUCUAAGGGGCUAAGUAAAAACAUUUACUUAUCAGACUCUCCCUAUGGAGCUGAUGGUUGAUGUCAUCUAUCAUCCAAAAGUAGAAAACAUGCAUGGGUUGAGUAUUCCCAUCCUUCCAUAAGUGAUCAUUUCUUUCAGAACUACCAAUGCCAACCAUGUGUUUGGCUGGUACAUGUGCUAUCUUGAUUCAGCAAAGGGCAAUGUUUGGGAGAUUGAAGAGCCACAUACAGGUGGCAUUACCAGUUCAAAAUCUCCCUCUUUUUUCUAUACAUACAUGGGUCACAUCUGACAAUCCAGAUGGUCAGCCCUUUUCUCUCAUACAGGUCACCCUGAUCAGUUUAUGUGGGGUUUUGGUUGCAAUGUUAACAUUAAAAGGAUGAAUACUGAAGUGUUUUCUUACCUAUGCAGACAUCUCCUGAUAAAGUAGACUACGAGUAUAGUGAGCUACUCUUGUAUCAAAAUCAAGUCCUCCGGGAAGCAGGACUAUAUAAGGAAGCUUUGGACCAUCUUAGUACCUAUGAAAAGCAAAUCUGUGACAAAUUAGCAGUUGAAGAAACUAAAGGUAAAUGAGCCAAUAGGAUUCUUUUGUUCCUAAGCCUGUUCUCAACGAGAAAUAUUAAAUGAAUAAGAAAUAAGUUGCCUUACAAUUACUACAUAAUUGGUAAGUUCAAAGUGUACUAUAUAUUAAUUUGGUAGUGCUAUAUAUUUUUCUACAUGUUAAAUUAAUAACAGAGUUGAUUCUUUUAAAGGCUGUCAACAAUCUGGUAAGUGGGUGUGACUUUGUAUUGUAACCGGGAAGCAAGAAAAGUUGGAGGCAAGCUGGCCUUAAGUCUUGAACUUAAUUGAAUAUAUUAUACAGUGGUACCUUGGGUUAAGUAGUGGGAGGGACAGGGGUGAAGAGAGAACAGAAAUGCUUGCACUGCUGGAAUGAUUUGCUAGCUCUAUGUUGACUAUCUUCCGUAGAAUUCUUGAUGAAAGAGCUGAGUCUCAACAACAAAGGGCAGAUGUUCUCAUACAAGUGCACUUCUCACAGAUAACAUACACAAACAAUAGCUAUAUUUUGCAGCAGAGGCCAUCCUGCAGAUAACCAUCUUAUCAGGAGGUCCAUUCCACAUGCUACAGGCAUUGAGACUUUCAGUGUGGCAGUGCCUGCUCUUUGGAACUCUCCUAUUUGCAUAUCAGACAGGCGUCUUAUCUGUUUAUUUUUUGGUGCCUGCUAAAGACAUUGCUCUUUCAACAAGCUUUCUAAAAUCUUUAUCCCAGCUGGUACCUGUCCUGAAUGUGAAUUGAUUUUCCAUAUGUGGUGGUGAUUUAAACUUUCUAUAUUUUUUAAUGUUUUGCUGUUAACUGGUUUUAUAUAUGUAAUGUGUCGUUUUAUUGUAAUUUGCUUUGAGAUGCCCCAAUGGAAAUGAUUCAUAAAUGAAAUUUAAUAAUAAUUGGCUUAAACCUUAGCAGGACUAUAUUAUAUAUUGUUGCUGUUACUUUCAUCUCCUCCAGUCCUCAAAAGUACAGAAUUCAGCAUCUUCAUAUUCCUUGGUUGUAUUUUUAUUUCUUUUUAAAGCGUAUUUCAGGCCUUUCUUGCUUUGAAUAAAAAUUUGGAACAUAUUGGUAGUCUGUGUGCCCUUCACACAAAAGUAUAUUAGGUUACAUUGGUGCAAAAUAUGAUAGCAAAUCUUGGGGGCAUGCAGGGGGUGAGGGGGAAAAGGUCUGUUCUGUUUGGACACUCAGAAGUCUGUUAGAUAUUACCCAGCAACUUUGUGAAGACUCUCUUUUUUUGUUAGUGACAACUGUUGUAUCUUAACGCAUAUGAUCUGUAGUAGCUUCAGACAAGUAAAUCCCUUGCCUGUGGCAGUAUAUAGGCUUUGCUUGAUAGAAAAGGGCUCUACACAAGUAGGAAAUGUAGCACGUUGAAGGUUAGCUCCAUGAUACUUAGAAAAACAUUGUUUCAUUGGCACAAUAUAUAUAAAUAUGUAUAUAUUAAAUACCCUCUCACGAUUGAUUUAUAACUCUGCAUUUUUAACAGGCGAACUUCUGUUACAACUCUGCAGGCUGGAAGAAGCCACUGAGAUAUAUAGAGGAUUGCAAGAAAGAAAUCCUGAAAACUGGGCUUAUUACAAAGGUUUAGAAAAGGCACUCAAACCAGGUAACAAUAUAGCUUGCACCAAGUUAGGUGCGAACCUGUAAAUAACAAAGCCCUUAUUUGAUUUUUAUAUGUGAUAGGAGCAUAUAUUUUGUCAUAAUCCUCAGUUACUUUUCACAGCAAGCUGAAUUGCGGUGAAUUUACUUUCCUUUUUGAAGAAAACUUGUGUAUGAUGGCUGAGAAGUGCUCUAUGUGUAAGCGUACACACAAAUUAGUGAUGGGAGACGAUUUCAUUUUAUGUAGGCUAUGCUUCAGGAAUUGCAGUAUAUUUUGAAUUUCAGUAAAAGUGAGUUGAUGUACAUUUCUUUCUUUAUCCAUUUAUGUCUCACUUUUCUAAGAAGUUCAUAGUAGUAUAAAACUGAGGUCAACACAACUUUUUCAACAUUGCAUAUUUGAGUUCUUCAGGUGUGAUCAGGUUGGUUCUUGUGUACGUUGAUGAUGAGGGGAGCACUUGGAACAAUUCACUCUAUGCACAAUGUGAUGAUUGUAUUCAUAGAAUUGUAGAGUUGGAAGGGACUAUGAGGGUCAUCCAGUCCAACCCCCUGCAAUGCAGGAAUCUCUUGCCCAGCGUGGGGCUAGAACCUGUGACCUUGAGAUUAAGAGUCUCAUGUUUUACCAACUGAGCUAUCCCAGACUCAAAAUUCACCACUGCUUUUUAAGCUCAUAGAUUUGUCAUUCUUUGGAAGGGGGUAUUCAUAUGCUAGUGUGUUAUGAAUUUAAGAUCUUUUUCUAAAAUUUGCAGUAGCGGAGAUAGUGGAGGGCAGAGUUACUGGAGCGGAUGGUGAACAAGACAGUUCUGCACUUGCUCUCCAUCUUGCCCACCCUCCAAUCUUGGUAAUCAGGAAGGUUUACCUGCUUUACCCUCAAGCAUGCCAUUGCUGAAUGCCAACUCAGUCAAGACAAGGAGUCAGUUGUCACUGGCCCCCUUGUGCAAGAAUAGAUCAAUCACGCUUGUGCCACUGAAACCUGGUUGGAUGAAGUGGGGUGUAAGUUACUUUUCCCAGAUAUAUUCUCUAGGUUUCAAGACACCAGUGUACACUUGAGGGACAGCAAGGUUGUUUGAUCCUUAAUGAUUUGCUCCCCUGCUCAGCUGCCCUAUUGAGCAGGUAGCCAGGAUAAAGUUUCUGCAGCUGGUGUUGGGAACUCGAAACAUGGCCACUACCAAACACUCUUCCUGCUUCAGCUCUGAGUGUAGUAUAAAGGACCCCAAGGCUGAUUAUUUUAAUAGACUUUAGCAUUCACACUGAAGAUACAUCAUUAGGAGGUAGCUCAGGAUUUGAUGGCCUCCAUGACAACUUUGGGCCUCUUUCAAUUGUAUUUGGACCAGUACACAUGGCAAGACACAUAGUGGACUGGUUUUCUUCAUUGGACUGGGAAAGGGUGAUCUGUGGGGUAAGGCUUUUGUCUGGAUCCCUGCCCAUCCUGGCUGUUGAACUCUGUCAGAAUGGACCUGUCCAUGUGGGCCUUGGAGGUUGUGAAUGCCUCCUUGAGGGAUGCAGUUGUCUCUACUGCCCUUAAAGCGGGACUUGUUGAGAAGCCUAAUUUAGAUCUUUUGGCCUGAGAGAUUAUUGCAUUCUUUGGCAAGGCGGCAGAGCAAGUGGUGAUGGAAUAACUCCAGUCAGUGUUGGAAGAUCCUAUUCAGAUCAUUUCCAGUCAAACUUCAGGCCUGGUUUUGGAACAGAAGCAGCCUUUUCCCAUUGGAAAUGUAGGGAGCAAGUGUGAUCCUAUCAGUUCUUUUGGAACUCCUAAGUACCUUUCAAUACCAUUCGGGGGGGGGUCCAUGCCUGCGGAUGGACGCUGUUUGUGUCAAGGGACGUUAUUCCUCAGAAUAAGGUUGCACUGUUAAUGUACUGUUGAUGUACCAUUUGUGUCAGAGGAAUAACUUGAAGGCAGCACAAUCCACAAUCCCUGCAUGAUGGCAUGCAAGCCAAAAAUUAUUUUGGUUUCUUCUUUUCAGUAUGUCAUCUGUCACUUGUACAAUAUGUAGUAAUGGCUUCCAACUUGGACUGCUUUGAAGGGGGGUUAAGACAAAUUCAUGUGAGAAUGUCCCCCCCCCCAAUACUCUCAUGCAGCGUAGGAACCUGUUUUUUAAAUAUUGCAAGAGUGGUUUACAAUUCGGCAUGUGAAACCUGUGUAAAGGGGAAAAAAUGCUACUACUCAAACACCAGGCGUAUGAAAAGGGACACUCUGGAUUUUGUCCAUGGAAGUUACCCAAGUGAAUGUAGUUUCAGUUACGUUUGGAAUCAUGAAAAUUAUUGGCCACCUUAAAUCCCAAAUGACAUGUUUUUGUUCUUUUAGCCAACAUGUUAGAACGGUUCAAGAUCUACGAAGAAGCCUGGACUAAGUACCCAAGGGGACUAGUUCCAAGAAGACUACCAUUGAACUUUUUGUCCGGUGAGUUGCAUUUUGGCAAUUAGGAGAAUGAGUUACAAGAUUAGAGUGCUUCCUUUUCUUGCUGCAUCACCUUGUUAUUAGCCACCUAGAAAUUGCAUCAAAUUUUUGCUUUCUUUUAGCCAGCUUUAAACAUUAGAAAGCAUAGUUCCUAAUUCCUGGUGACUUGAGCCAGAGCCUGAGCCAGCACUGCCAUAAGUCAUGGUGAUUUGAUUAUUUAAUUUCUCUACCACUUAAUAGAUUAAAAAUAUCUCUAAGCGGUGUACAAAAAAAUGAAGCAACAACAUAUAACCCAAACAAAAUAUUACAAAAAUACACGGUUACAAAAUGUUUACAUAUAAAAAUGUUACAUUAAUACAGAGUUACCAAUAUAUAGAAAUCAAUGCCAGCUCAUUUUCCUUCUUACACACCAUCCUUCUCGGCCUCUGGGUUCUCACCCAGGGCCUAGCAUGAUGGGAGUUGUAGUCCAAAACUUCUGGAGCAUACCAGGUUGGAGAAGACUGAUCUGUUGUUAGAGUCACAGGUGCUUCAAUUGGGGCAUUGUUGAAGUGAUUGGCAGAGUUGUGUUCCGGUUCUCCACCCCAUAAAAACGUAGAGGCAAAGAGGGAUGUCCAUGCACUGCAGGAGAUAUUAAACUUCACCCUAAUUUAGCCUAAGAAAGAGAGUGAUUAAUGUAGCACUUCAUUUGACUUAAACUUUUUUUAUUUGCCAGCAUGCAAAGUAACAUUUGUGACAUUUUUCUUGUAGGUGAAAAAUUUACGGAAUGUUUGGAUAAAUUUCUGAGGAUGAAUUUCAGCAAAGGCUGCCCACCGGUCUUCAAUACUUUGAGAUCACUAUACAAAGAUAAAGAAAAGGUCAUUAUAACAUCUGUGUGCUUUGCUUUUUAAUGUUCUUUUAGAAAAGUCCAUCAGACACUAAGUGUGUAUCAUUAUGUUUUCUUAUGCUGAACAGGCCUAUCUGGAACCUUAAAAACUUCUGUAGAGAUUCACAAUAAUGUCCUUUAUGAAUGUUAAUUUUCAUAGAACCAGGUUAAGGUUGUAAAUUUGUUGGGGAUGGAAAAACUCUGGGUGAAGCAAGAACAGAUACAACAAUUUCGUUCCAGGAUCCCUACAAUAUUCAUGGGCUAAAAUCUCUUUACUGCCAGUGUGUUUGCAGUUUCCCCAGAGGUCCCUGAAUGCAUUCCCAGUCUGGGAUGUAAUCAAGCAGUAUAUGUGUGCAUCUGAAAUAUGAGUACUUGUGAACUGACUGAGCCCCUAUGUAUAGGGAAGUAGAAUAUGAGCUAUAAAACAGACCUCUUACAUGCUGAAACUUAAAUGAUGAUUAUGAUGGGCUAGUUUCGCAAAGCUAUAUGUGUUUUGUAGGUCUAGGUAAUUUAUUCUUGGGUUACAAGUUAGGCUUCUGUUGAGGGUCUGUGGUAAACUAUUGAUUAAUGUCAUACCUUGAAAAGUGCAGUGUAAUGUUAUAUAAAGUAACUGCUGUUAACCUAUUGGCUGCAAUUAAACCGUGAAGUAUUUUCGAGAAUUAGAUUCAGGAUCUGGAAGCUCCUUUGUCAAAUAUGGGGUCCUAGUUGUUAGCCUAGUGGCAAGAGAACGAUUUAGAAGAAUCUAGUCCACUUUGUGGGAUGUUUGGCUGCAACCUAGCCCAUCCAUCACUUCUUGAGUAGGAAGUAAAGCAACCCUCCUGUAAAAGUAGUUACUGACCAGACUCUUAUGUGGACAGAACACUUCAUUCUUCCAAUUCUGAUUUAUACUUCUACAGUCAUACCUCGGGUUGAAGUAGCUUCGAGAUAAGUAUUUUCGGGUUGCUCGCUGCGGCGACCUGGAAGUAACGGAGCGCGUUACUUCCGGGUUUCACCGCUCGUGCAUGUGCAGAUGGUCAAAAUGACGUCACGCGCAUGCACAGAAGGGGCGGCACACGCAGACGUGCGGACAUGGGUUGCGUUCGCUUCUGGAACGGGGCUGCGGAACGGAUCCCGUUCGCAUCCAGAGGUACCACUGUACUUAUUAAGUAGGACUUCAUGGAGAUGGGUUUGAUUCUGAAUUUGCAGUCUGCUGAAUUAAACUACUAAUAGGUACUUUAUUUAUUUGUUGUCUUGUGUCUAUAGGUGGCAAUCAUAGAAGAGCUAGUGGUAGGUUAUGAAACCUCUCUGAAAAGUUGCAGAUUAUUUAACCCAAAUGGUGAGUGCCACAUGUUAUAUUAUUAUUCUGUAGCUAGGAAUAUGCUCCUCAAGAAAACGGUUGGGGUGGAGAAUAGGCAUCAAACAAUCCAUGUAGACUGGUUUUCACCUGCACCUCCCAUACCUGUUCCUGCCCAUAGUUUCCUCUAUCACAGGCUUAUCUAGUCUUAGGAUCAAUUGAACUCAGGGUGUGCCAUAGCCGACAGCCUUGCAUCAUAUGGGUAGAGCCAUAUUUGGGCAGCCAAGCUCAUUCUGCUCCAUGCUUAGACGGCAGUGGCUUAAAUGAAGGGUUGUAUCACUCACAUAUACUCACAUUCAGCACCCUUUCUCCAUGCUGCCGUGAUGCAGCUGAGCCGUGGAGCUGCACCUGGUGACUUGGGCCUGCCCUUCAUUCCUUUGUUAGAGCUGCAGCUUCAACACAGAGUCCUCAGCCCAGCUCACAUUAAGAUGUGAAGUGUACUUUGUAGAAUACCUGGGUACUUUGUAGAACACCUCUAGUUAAGUUAUAUAACCUGAUAUGCGAUACUCUUAAAGGGAAAAAUGAGAGCAUGAGCAUGAAAUGGAACAGUUUAAACCAUCUGUAUCUUAAUAAGCUUCACAGACCAGUCCACCCCCUUUCUAUAUAAUAGCUUCUCAGCAGUCAGUAGCAAAUAGCAUGCCAUUGGGUUUUUCCUUGUGCAGCUUACUAUAAAAUGGAAAGGAAAAAAAACCCUGUGAAAUUUCCUCCAAAUAGAUGACGGUAAAGAAGAACCUCCAACGACUUUACUCUGGGUCCAGUACUACUUGGCACAACACUAUGACAAAAUUGGGCAGCCAUCCAUAGCUCUGGAAUAUAUAAAUGCUGCAAUAGAAAGCACACCCACCUUGAUAGAACUCUUCCUUGUGAAAGCUAAAAUCUAUAAGGUAACUCUUUUUAUUAUUGCAGCAGGCUUUUGCCACAUAGCACUACCCUUCUUGAUUCUUUUUCAUCCUUGUAUUUGGAGAAUGAACAGAUGAUUUGGCUGUCGGUCAGGGCUCAUAAGAGCAUAAAGAACCCUGCUGGAUCAGCCCCAAAGCCUCUCUAGUCCAGCUUUUGGUUUCCCAACCUGAUGCCUCUGGGAAGCCCACAAGCUGGACAAUUGGGCAAAAUUCCUCUCCUGAUUCUGUUUCUCAGCACUUGAAAAUCAGGGGCAUGUUACCUCUGCUCCUGGACGUAGUAUAUAAUCAUCAUAGCAGUGUCUGGCACAGAACUUCAGUAUCAGGAUAUCUGGGUUGUUGUUUUUUUUCCUCUUUUAAAAAUCCAGUCUCUGCUACCAUCCGUACAGCUGCUGCUAGCACCAGUUGUUCUACUCAUCAUGGUUGUAGAGAAGAACUUGGAAAUGUGCCUGACAGGGAUUGCAAGUCAGAAGAGAACUUGACUGCUCUUUGUUAUAGAGUGGGACUUCAGUGUAUCAUACAGCAUGCUAUCUUUCUAUUACUCUUUUGCUCUAUUGGCCAAUGAUACCCAGUCUCCUGGUACUUAAGCCAUGCAUUCAGAUACCAAUUUUAGAGGAUCUGGAUGCAUUUCUCAAAAAAAAGGGGGGGGGAGGAGGAUAACUGGUUAUUAAAUAAGAAAGGAUAGCUUAGAUGAUCUAGACCAGGGUUUCCCAAACUUGGGUCUCCAGUUGUUGUUGGACUACAGUUCCCAUCAUCCCUGACCACUGGUCCUGCUAGCUAGGGAUGGUGGGAGUUGUAGUCCAAAAAUAGCUGGAGUUUGGGAAGCCCUGAUCUCAACCAAGGGUAGCCUGUGUGGUGCCCUCCAGAUGUUUUAGAAUACAACUGCUGCCGCCUUCAGCCAGCAUGGCUGGUUGUGCAUGAUAAUGGUUGAAGUCCAGAGCAUCUGGAGGACGCCAUGUUGGCUAACCCUGCACAGUUUCUUGGAAAUAAACUCCCUUGAGCAUUGUGACCUUUGUUUCAGAGUAAACGUAAUUGUAUUGUUAGGGUUGGGAUUUGUUUUCGGCCUGUUGAGAAUGAGAAGCAGUACUGAGUAUGUUACUUGCCCCUUUCAUACUUUUAUCUUUGCACUGAAUUGAACCUGGCAAACUAGAGUUUACUGCAUUAUCCAGCUUACUUUUGUCUUGUCUUCUCAAGCAUGCUGGAAACAUAAAAGAAGCUGCAAGAUGGAUGGAUGAGGCUCAAGCUCUGGACACAGCGGACAGGUUUAUUAACUCCAAAUGUGCAAAGUACAUGUUGAAAGCCAACUUGAUAAAAGAAGCAGAAGAAAUGUGUUCCAAAUUUACAAGGGUUUGUUUGACUUACUCUACUUUUUAGCUUACUGUGCUCUUCGUAGGCCAUUGCUUUGAACAGUCCUGCAUAUUCAGUUAUUAAAAAGAGUUUUAGGGGUUACGUGGAUGCCAAAGCAUAGGAUAAAAGUAUGUAAGUAAAUCAGUGUCUGAAUUGGGGGUAACUAGCCCCCUCCAGGUGGUUUAGACUGCAACUCCCAUCAGCCCAAGCUCUCAUGGCCAACAGUCAAGGCUGAUGGGAGUUGUAGUUCACAGCAUCCCGAGGUACCCAGGGUUGACUACUCCUGGUCUGAAGGAAGCUGUUAUUGUCAUUAAAGUAAAGCAUUACAGUUUCUAGAUGAGGUUUUCCCUUUUAUGCACGUUGGCUUUCCUACCUGUCCCCCAGUCACAGCAACAAAGCAGUCAGCGUGUAUUAGAAUGCCCCUUUUGACUUUUUUGCACAUUCAAAUUUUUGAAACUCACAUUUGGACACAGUAUUGAUGUGUUGUUUCUUGUCUGUUGCACUUGUCUGCAAUGUUGGCCGUACUACGUAAGCAUGUUUUUCUUGCUGUAAGAAAAACUUAAAAGUUUUUUAGAAAUAACUUUCAGAGUCAAAAUAUUGCAUAUCCUUCUUAGUUAACUGUAUAUGUAUAAGCUGAAUAUUUGUAGCAGCUUGCCUUGUAUUUAUUUAUUUUUUCUAAUUUUUCCUUUCUAGGAAGGGACUUCAGCAGUGGAAAACUUGAAUGAAAUGCAGUGCAUGUGGUUCCAGACAGAAUGUGCCCAAGCUUAUAAAGCAAUGAAUAAAUUUGGAGAAGCACUUAAAAAAUGCCAUGAAAUUGAGAGAGUAUGUACCUGAUGACCAAUUUAAUAUUUCUUAGUGGUCCGUUCUCAGGAAUCAAGUCUGACGAAUCUCUUAAGUGUAUUGUUCUGAACCUCAAGAGUAUCUAAACAUGGGCUGUGCUUUAUCUCUCAUUAUACUGCUUAAGGCCAUAAUUUAUAAUGCGUUCAAUUCAGACAUAACACCAAAACAUAGUUUGAUGAUGGAGAAGAAUCUGUGGGGCCGUACGUUCCAUUUCCCUAUUCCCCUGUCACAUUCAGGUUUCCUUCCCCAUUUUUUUGGUUUCGCUAACCCUAGCUUACCAUGGCAUUUGAAUUAGCAAAGUACGGUUACCACAGUUUGCAGACCCACUUCAAACCUUGUUUGGAAUCAAAGACAUCAUUUAGAUAGCAUGGAAAACUACAGAAAAGAAGAGGAGAGCAUGUGAGCCUAUAGAGAAUGUUCCUCAUUUGCCAAACUGUUAUUCGGAAUUGCCUCUGAUUUGACACUAGUUUUUGAAAUAUGUUCCAAUGUAAGACUGCUGUAUGCAGUGCUUGCAUAAUGCCAUAUCUAAUUUGGCCUUCAGAGUUGCAAAGGUUCAGUCCUGGCUUGCUACGAGAGAGCCUUUUGAACUAGAGAUACCAAGGACUGAAUCAUGACUUCCUGUCUGGUUGUUGUGCAUGAUUUAUCACUGAAUUAUGGCCUCUUUAUGCUAAAUUUUGGGUUCUGCUUGAUUGUGUUAUCAGUGCUUCUGUUUGUGGUUCUGAAGUUUAGUUUUGGAACUUUUCUCGUUGUACUUCCCAUGCUUACUAAAUAACAUGAUAUUUUGUUAGCACUUUGUAGAAAUCACAGAUGACCAAUUUGACUUCCACACAUACUGUAUGAGGAAAAUCACACUUCGAUCAUAUGUGGACUUGUUGAAGCUAGAAGAUGUACUUCGACAGCACCCAUUUUAUUUUAAGGCAGCAAGAAUUGCCAUAGAAAUAUACUUGAAGCUUCAUGAUAACCCUCUGACAGAUGAGAACAAAGAGCAUGAGGCUGACACAGGUAGAAGCUGCUUCUAGUAUUUUAUGGCUCGUUUCUCACGCAAUGUUAAACCACACUUUAAAAUAAACUAUGGUUUAACACACUCAAGCUCCAUGCUCCUUCCCUGCUCCUCACUGUGCCAUGUCGGAAAGGAAACAAGCCAGAAUCUGGCCGGUCAUAAUGCUUGUGGUUGGUUUGGAGGAACAAAGAUUGACCUUUGCUCAUGGUUUGUUGGACAGAAACAAACCAUGAGACCAAGUUUGCACAUCGCAAAGCAGUCUUGUUUCCCAGCUUGUUUCCUUCACAGAGCAGCAUAGCCAGGAGCAAAUGAGGAGUAAAGGGCUUUUGCAAGUUGAACCAUAGUUUAUUCUAAACUAUGCUUUUUGUAUAUACUGAGCCAUAUUGUCCUUUUGUGUCAUUUUCAUUGCCAUGAGACACAAAAUUGGUGGGGGGAGUUGUGAUGCUGUAAAAGGUGAAUGCUGUGCUAUGCUUGCUUGUUUUUUGUAUUUUUUUAAUAAAAUAAACCAGGUCAAAAAUUUAAAUAUAUAGUUUACAGUUUAAGGAGUUGCAGUGUUAUAUAUUGGCCUUCCAAUAACUUUUUUAAAACAUCCUAACUAUACAUUCACAUGGACUUCAUAUUCUGAAAAUGUACAAAUUAAGGGUUCUGCUUAUUUUCUUGAUCUUCUGGGAUAAGUUACAAUCCAAGUAGUUCUGGGUGAGGCUGCAUUAUAGAUAAGCCACUAUGCCUUUUCUAACGGAAGUCAUCCAGGUUUGGGCCAUGAUUUGGAAUUUGAGAAGACUUGUUUAGGAAAUGGUAUUAAUAACCUGAGCUGCAAGAAUCUAGGGUUUGUUAUUUUUAAGGAAUCGUUCUAUUCAUAAUCAACAAAGUAUUUUUUAUGUAUAGCAAAUAUGUCAGAUAAGGAGCUAAAGAAGCUACGUAAUAAGCAGAGGAGGGCUCAGAAAAAGGCUCAGUUGGAGGAGGAGAAAAAGAACGCUGAAAAAGAGAAGCAGCAACGAAACCAGAAAAAGAAGAAAGAUGACGACGAUGAAGAAAUUGGAGGACCAAAGGAAGAGCUUAUUCCUGAAAAACUAGCAAAGGUAUUGAAACUUCGGAAUGUAAAUUGUGUUUGAGCAACCAUUUACACAGAACUAUUUAAAGAGACUCCCAUACAAAAGCAUAUCACUCUAAAAGUGACUCUUGCAUGCUGACUCAAUCACAAGUAGCAGCUUCUGUCAGGGCAUUUUCACAGUUGUUGUUCUGUUGCACUGAAGAAUGAAACCAGAAACAACUGAAUCAUUUGUGCUUCUUCAAGUGCUUUGAAUAUGAACCGCUUCUUGGGGCAGGUGAGACUCGCUUUGACAAAACCCAAAUCACUUUAUUCAGCCCCUUCAACUGCGUUAGGGAGUUCCCAAAGGGAACUGAUGUUGGGCUGUGCAUGGUGCGCUCCAAGCAGCGGGACUUCAAAGCUCCUUUCAAAGGGUAUUGCAGGCAGCAGCUGUCAGCUGAUUGGUGUUGUCUGUAAACUCCUUUUUGGCUCAUAUAUAGCAUCAUGUAAGUGGGCAUGCCUCUGUGAAGAUGAGUUUGAGGGCCAAAUGUUGUGCUUUAUCAGCAUUUGAAUUGGGUCCAUAUAAGGACACAUACACCUGUUUUAUCUGGGAUGUAUGAAUGAAGGCCUUAUAUAUUGCAAGGAACCCAGUAUAGAGAUAAUGCACAUUUGCUCCACCUGUGUAGCCCAGACCUUAGUGACAGGGAUAUCUAGUACCAGGAGGCCAGAUUUUGCUUAAAACCACAAGAUUUGUAUGCAAUGCUUUACUUUUGCCUGUAGAAAUGAAUAGCAGCCACUUAUAGGGGAUAUGGACUGUAUUUGUGGCCAGGAGUAAAUCUGCUCCUUGCCUCUACUGACAUUGGGCACUAAGAAUGAAAGAGUUCUAGUUUCUUCAUUGGUGUUUGUCAGGAAAAGCAGUGUUUCUGUCUGACAAGUGUUUUUCUGAAAAGUCCUCUUGCAACUUUUUCUGUUUUGUCACCAAAAAAAAUGCAUGUUUAGGUUGAAGCUCCUUUGGAGGAAGCUAUUAAGUUUUUAACUCCGUUGAAGAACUUGGUGAAGAACAAAAUAGAAACCCAUCUUUUUGCCUUUGAAAUUUACUUCAGGAAAGGUAAGUGGAAGGUAGAAUGAAGUGGAAAUACACCAGUGUACAAAAGCAAGACUCAUACAGAUGUUAGAAGGAGCAGGAAUCUUCCUGUUUUCUUCCAUUCCAGACUGGGCCUUAGGAUGGAGUGUUCAGACACCUUCCCCACUUGGGUAUCAGUUGUAUUGAGUUGCUAUUAUUUUCUUAGGAGUUCUUUUUAUAAACAAAGAAUCCUCUUGUAAGUAAGUUGAGAACCCUGCACAAAAGGAAACACGUGUUUCAGAAGAUUACAAAUUUUUUCUCUUGCAGAAUUGUUUUAUGCAUUGUUUGUGAUUGCCAAGAGCUUGAGGACUCCGUGGUCUAUAUCAACAAAUAUUGAUUGUCAGAACUGACAGUCUGGAAGAAAUGUUGACGUCCGGUAUUUAGAUUACAUUUUUAAAAAAUCUAACUCUCUCACUGCUUGGCAUUUGGUAUGCAAGCUAAAAGGCAUUGCUGCCUCUUGCAGUAUGUCAGGUUUAUGAGAAAAAAAUAGUAAUCUUUAUAAAACCAAUAACUUUCCAGUAUUAGCCAUAUAAAUAAAAAAAAGAAUUUCCUAAACAUACCGUAGCAUAGUUAAAAUAUUUCACGAAGCUAAGUCUUGAUCCAAAGGCCCUGUACACAUGGGGACGCCCAGCCAGAUGGGCAGGGUAUAAAUAAUAAUUAAUAAUAAUAAUAGAACGUUUCCCCCCCCCUACAUAGCUUUCCAGUCCAGCAGCUUCUCACAGUCGCUAAACAAAUGCCUUUGGGAAGCCUCCAAGCAGGAUCUAAGUGCAACAGCACUAUCUGCAUUAUCAGACACUGCUUAUAAUGGUCCCCCAACUUCUAGGAGAAGCCUUUAGAAGGCAGGAGUGCUGUGCUAGAAAAUCUUCAGCUCACUAGCAGAAAUGUUUUCCACUUGCACAAGAGGCUCUUUAGGUCCAAGCCAGCUUAUUUCGUUUCGUAGUUCCCAGAACUCACUGCAUUUAAGUUGAAUAAAACUUGUUAUAUUGGUAUAUAGGUUGCAUGACCAUGGCAUACCCCUCUGCUGAAAAUGUAGAACAUAUAAACAUAAUGACCUUCAUCUCAUUUAUUCUAAUCAUUAUAAUUUCAAAUGUAAUUAUCUUGAUCAUAACAUCUAAAGUAUAAUGAGGCUUUCUGUUGUAUUUUUUUUGCUGAGUCUAAUUCCCUAGUACAUUAGAACAUCUUGUAAUGUGGUGCCAAUUUAUUUUGUCUCCUGCAGAAAAAUUCCUCCUUAUGCUGCAGUCUGUGAAGAGAGCAUUUGCUAUUGACCCUAGUCAUCCAUGGCUCCAUGAGUGUAUGAUUCACCUCUUCAGCAGUGGUAUGAACCUAGCAAUCAUAAUUCCAGACGCUGUUAUAGUCAGUCAUACCUUAUACCUGAUAAGGACUAUGAGCAGUUUACUCAAAUACAAACAGCAAAAUUCAUUAUAUUUUCUUAUUUGUUUUGAUACUUCUUUAAAAGGAGUGCAUGGAUCUGUCCAGUUUCUCUCUCUCCUCCCUCAGUUUAAUCUUUCAGUUACUGCAUAAUACUUGCAAGUUUAAAAUGCCUGGUUCAGUAUGCUACCUUUUAUCAUUAUGGUCCUCUUCAGAAAAGGGAGGAAAUUGCACAAUACUAGGGUGUUGGGGUUUUUUUAGAAUCAAUAUGUUGACGAAAUAACAUGAGCAGUAAAGAAAAGAAUGGCUGGGAUUGGGGUGGGGCAGUGUUCUUGGAGAUAGACAAAAUGCAAGAAAGCUCUGCCCACAACCCUGUUUGGUUUCUCAUUGUAAAGCAGGGCUUAUCUACUUCCAAGUGAUUAUCAAAUUUCACCCUGGAGAACCAAAACUUGUAAGAAUAAACAGCACUGAACUAGACAGACCAUUUCUGUCACUCAGUAUAAAGUACAGUGGUACCUUGGCUUAAGAACAGCUUAGUUUAUGAACAACUUGGAUUAAGAAUGCUGCAAACCCAGAAGUAGGUGUUUUGGUUUGUGAACUUUGCCUUGGAAGCAGAACAUGUUUCGCUUCCUGUUGAGUGUAUUCCAUUUGUAAAUUGAAUCCCCCGCUGCUAUGGGAAAACAUGCCUUGGUUUAAGAACCUUUGGAUUAAGAACGGACUUCCGGAACAGAUUAAGUUUGUAUACCAAGGUACCACUGUAGUUCAUGAGUUUAAAUGAUUGAUUUUAAAAAAAAAUAAAAUAAAGCAAGCAUAUUGAAUUAAGCGAGAUGAACUCCACAACCCCAGAGUCGGCCACGACUGGACCUAAUGGUCAAGGGUCCCUUUACCUUUUUUAUUCUGCUUUAAAUUCAAAACUACUAUUCAUUUAACUCACACAGGCCAUCUUGGGGCUUUAAUAGAAGAAGCAACUACAAUCUUUAAUAAGUGUAUUAAAGCGUAACAUAUUCUGCAGCAAUUAACUGUGUUUUCUAACAUUACAGUUUCUGAAAGCAAAGAUCUACCAGAAACAGUCAGAACAGUGUUGAAUCAAGAAAUGAAUCGGCUUUUUGGUGCAACUAAUCCAAAGAACUUCAAUGAAACUUUCCUUAAACAGAACUAUGAUUCACUACCACACAGAUUAUCCGGUAUGUAAUUUGCUGCAUAUUCCAAGUUUAUCUUGGCAGUUUUUAAUUUUGCUGCCUAGUAAUGUACCACUCUUGGUCGUACACAUGAGAUCUUGUCUACCAUACCGAUUGCAUUCAUGCCAGUUUAUGGCAAGAUGGCUUUGAUCAAUCCAAAAACAUUAGAAUGUAUUUCUUUCAAAAGUCAAGAGUCAGGAUACUAGAGACAAGGUACGUGUUCAGUUUUGUGAGAGGGAUCAAAUGUUUGAAUGCUCUCUCAUAUUAAAAAUAAACAUCCCUGUGCAAUUUUUUUUCUUUUUAAUCAAGUUUAGACAUUUGAAACCCAGUAUUACACUGCUGCUUAUUUCCAUCUUAGAGCCGGGAUGUCUUGACUGUUCCGUUGCAUAACAGAUAUACAGACUCAUAAUAUUAUGAUUCUAGGGCUUCAGAUUUUUUGAACUAAUUCUUCGUAAUGAGGUAGCUGAGCAAAGGAGGUGGCAUAAACAAAUGACUUUCACAGUUGCUGUCACAGGCUCAGCAAAAGUAGCAGAAAGACAAGCUAGACCUUAAAGUAAUGCUAUUAAAAUCCUACCUUUAGUAGUUAAGCAUAACUAGUUAAUGAGAGGAGUGUUUUGUAGUAGGCAGUUAUCAAAGUAAUGGGAUAUUGGUAUUAUGAUACUAGUUUUACUAAGAUAAGUUAUAUAGUCUUACCCAGUAGCAGGUUGAUGAUUCUUUCAUAACAUAUGUAAAGGAGGCUUUGAAAGCAUCGUACAGGGUGGAUUCUUAGACUGUGUAAUGGUAACAGUUUACCAUUGUUUAAAAAGGCUGCCUUAACCUUUUCUAUUACUUGACAUUAAGCCCUGGGUAGCAAUCUGUGAUUGAUGAUAUUACAGUUAGUCCCAUUUAUAAAUUUUCCAAACAACAACAAGGCAAAAUUAGCAACUUUUAUAGAUUUCUUUGAUAGAUUAGCUUAUCUCUUACUGUCAAGUAAGAAAUUGUAGUUAAAAUGUAACCUUUCUAGGUUGUGAUCUUGCAAUGCUGCAUGCACAUUUCCAUAUUUACAAAUAGAGGCUUGGAUCCUGAAUUUCUCAAAACAGACAAAUCCAGUUGGCAGAAGUGCACCCCAGCCCAUGGAGUCCCUUGUGCUACGAAGACUUCGUGCAAAGUUAGGACGUAGGAAACUGUCAUAUACUAUUGGUCCAUCUAAGCAGUUGCUCUGCCAUUGAGUUAAAACCCUUCACCUGUGGGAUCCUUCUGCGGGAACUUCUGCCACUUCAGUCAGUGGUUGCUCCUGCUCAAUUGAAAGCCAUUUCAUUCAUAGAACACUUCAGAUACAAGUCAGGGUUUAUAGAGCAAAGUGAGAGGGAGAGUUAGUAAGCACUUCAUUUCCCAUUCCAUAUGCCAGACCAGGGUAUAAGAUUCCUAUCUUGAUCCUAAACUCAUUGGCCUUGCUGCAAUUACCCACAUACUCAGGGCUUAUUCUACCCAAAGGGCACAUCUAGUUUACAAAAUGGAAAUGCCCACUUGCAAAAAACAGCUUGGCCACAUCUGAAAGUAACUUUAAGAGAUCGCAGCCUUUUUGUUUCAGUUUUAUGAUUAACUGAAUGACUUCCCCUCUCUCCUAGCUGCCAAAAUGGUGUAUUAUUUGGAUUCUACUAGCCAGAAAAGAGCUGUGGAGCUGGCAACUUGCCUUGAUGAAUCCCUCACAAACAGAAAUCUUCAGGUAAAUAUGUCUGAUAUACAGAAUGAUUUGUUAUCUUAGCAUCAGGUGUACCUUUUCCAAAUGAUACAACAAACCCUUGGUUAAAAGAGCUCCGCAGUUAGUGGAACUUGUAAAUCUCUAGGGAGCAGAAAAAGCAUCCUUUUCAUAGUAUUCUAAUGUAAGGUAAGAAACAUGUAAAUAUUAAACAUUCAAGUAAGAAAAUAAUAUUUUAAAAUAAUGAAAACAGAACUAGCAGUAAUGUGAAUUGAUACACAGGAUCUUUUAAAAGGAUUAACACUGUGUUUUCACAUUUUAGACUUGUAUCGAGGUAUUGGAAGCAUUGAAUGAUGGUAGCCUUGGAGACUGUAAAGAAGCAGCUGAAAUGUACAGAGCAAAUUGUCAUAAGCUUUUCCCUUAUGCUUUGGCUUUUAUGCCCCCUGGAUAUGAAGAGGAUAUGAAGAUCACAAUUAAUGGAGAUAUAUCUGCAGAAACUGAAGAACUGGCCAAUGAAAUAUGAACUUUUUUAAAGGAGUGGAAUGAUUUUGGACCGUAUCUGGUGUAUAAUAUUUUUGUCACGCACCUGCUGAAUUGUUCUAACCUACACAGAAUGGAAGGAGUAAAAAUGGUUGCCUUCAAAGUUUUACUUUUUUUAUCCUGCUGACGAGUAUAUAAUAUAAAGUAACGUAUUACUGGAUAUAGGUGGCUCAGUUAAAAGAAAAACUAAGCACUGCUAAAAUUGAAAAGUAUCCUUUAUCUACAUACCCCAUUUUAAACUAAUUUAUAUGGAAUCUGAAGGCUUAACACCCAUUGGAGCAGGUGUGUGGCAGAAAUAUUACUUUAAAUUUGUCUUGUUGAGAUGACUAUCUCAGACAGCAAAAACGCUGUUUUAGCACUGGAUCCUUUUCACUGAGCACAAAGAGUUGUUGGGGCUUUAACAUCUGACUGAUUUUGAUACAGAGAUGAUUCUACCCUUUGGAAGUAUGCAAUGUGAAUCACUAUUUGCAGACAAACCUGCAAUACAUAUAUAAUGCUGUUGUAGAGACUGGGAUUUAAAAUAUGAAGCAAAAUAACGAAACAUAAGGUGUUCAAUUAGCUUGUUGUGUCUCCGAAAUUCACUGCACGUGAUCAGUUUGGUGUUCUUGCACCACAGUUUUUAAAUGAAGGAACCAGUUAGAACAUACUUUGUUUUUAUUAAAAUUUGAAAAGAAAUCAACACUGCUGUUCAGGAGAUGAGCAUGAUGACAGCAUCAUUUGGCUGUACAUGUUAAAACUGUAAUGCAAGAACCAAAUGAAAUUAUGCACUGUGAUGUGGCACCAACUCAUUAAAAAGACAGCAUGUAUUUUUCACGUACAGUGAAAAUAUAAAUGAACAUAACUAUGGCUUGAAAAUUCAAAGAGUGGAACUCCUGACUUCCAAUUUGUGACUGAUCGAGAGACUAAUUGUUUAAAACCUCAGCAGGCCUUGUUCAUGUUAUGCAGAAAAAAGUGCUGCAGUUUAGAUACCUCUGGAACUUUUCCACAGUGUCACAGGUUUGUAAUACUUGAAGCCCUACAUUUCUAAGAAUAUAUUUCUUGCUCAGUUGUUUCAGGCAAGCCCAUGACUUUGUAACUUUUAACGGGCCCGAGAUUUUUUUUCAAUAACAGACAAGCUUCUUAUUCCUGCAGUUACAGAUGUAAUUUCCUUUGUCAAACAUAAGGUACCAAAUAUAAUGCAAUAAAAUGUUUUGAAAAAGAGCUGUGUGGCUAUAGAAUUUGCAAACUGCUGUCGAAAGAGAUGUAGUGCAAGAUCAGUGUAACAUGAAUUACUUAUAAUAGCUUUUUGUUAGUGUUGGUGAAAUCCCACAAUGCAUAAUGCAGCAGUGCUUGGAGACACUAUUUCCCCUUCCUGCCCCUCUUCUCCAAUAAAGCUAACCCACAAUGGCUGCUGUUGUGAACAGUAAUUUGCAACUUGGCAGUAAUGGUUCCGUUCCUAGAGUUAAUAGUAAAUAUCUCUGCAAAAUACAACAUCUUUAUGAAGACUACAAAUUUAAAUGAGAACUUUUAUAAGCUAUGAAGUUUGGGAUAAGAAAUCUAAGGCACAGUGUAGAAAAUGAUAAAAAUAAUUUGCAGUAUGAGAAACUUGACAGUUGACACUUCAUGGUUUUCACUGUUGUACAUCUCUUUAGAGAGAUCAUUACUCUUUCUGUGAUAAGAAAAAAAUGUUAAAGGAAAUAUUGACUUGUCAUUCAUCCAGAGCCUUGCCCUUUUGGCAUAUAUACAUCUCUGAACAAAAGAAGUUUGUCAUAACUUUGUGUUAACUGUACUACAAUAUUUUCAUGGACUAAUAUUUCCAAGAAAAUAAUUUUGCUGUCUGCUACUGAGACACUCUGCUACAUUACAUUCAAACCAAGAGCUGAACAUCACACCUAGUCUGCAAAUAUUCAGUGUUAUCUAUCUGGAAACCUUAGUAUCCUACGUGCUUGUUUUUCUUCCCCUUAACUUAGCCACUUUAUUAUCCAGCAACCCUUCAGGAAAUACUUGCUGUAGUCAUGAUGUUCCAUGGAAACUACUCUAGAAUUAGCCCUAUUGUCUUUCAGGAUGCCACAUUAUUUCUAGAGUGCUCUGCUAAGAGGAGAUGGGCUUGGGUUAAUAAUUUACACCUUUCUUUUUCCUCUUCCAGUGAUAGUUGGUCAACUAAAACUCUCUUAAGUGCUGAGAUCCUACAACAUAGAUCACUCAUUUGUGGCUUUUGUUUUUAGCAAGGAUAGUAUGUUUCAUUAUAGUUACAACUGUGUGAUCUUGCAGUGACAUUUUGGAGGUAGGUAUAUAGUGGGCAUCAUAUACACAUAAAAACUCACACAGUAAUCUGGUCAUUACUAUUUAAGCAGCACGCAUGCACACCUUUCGUAGUGGGUCAUUAAAAAAUGAUCAGUGUAACCUAUAGGAAGGCAAAACCAAGGCAGCCCAGAGGCAUAAUAAUCAUAUGCUGGUCUACUUGGAAACACAUUUCACUGAUUUUGGUGGUACUUGCUCCGUUGUAAGCAAAUAUAGGGUUGUGUUAGGUUUUUUAAAAUAUAUUGUCCACUUAAGCAGGCAGAGGAGCUGAGCAAGGGGUGGUGCUCCAUUGCACUUUGCACCCCCUGAGAAGCAAAAUUAAUUAUGCAAAACAAGUGAGGAUGGACAAAGUUGCUGGGUUUUUAGAAAAAGGAAUA